AUGCCUGUGUUCCCAGGCAGUCCCCUCCUCCCCCUACCUCCCCCCUGCCCCCGCCCUUUCCUUCUGGUCCAGGCUACAAUUCAUGGUGCCAGCAGCAAGCUCUUCUACUCCUUUUUCAAGUCCCUUGUGGGCAAAGACCUGGUUGUGGAACCCAAGAAUGACCUGAGCAUCUGUGGAACCCUUCACUCUGUGGACCAGUACCUCAAUAUCAAACUAACUGACAUCAGUGUCCCAGACCCUGAGAAAUAUCCUCAUGUGUUAUCAGUCACAAACUGCUUCAUCAGGAGCUCAUUUGUCCGCUAUGUACAGCGGCCAGCAAAUGAGGUGGACACAGAGCUGCUACGGGAUGCAGGAAGAAAGGAAACCCUUCAUCAGAAAUAG